AUGUCUCUCGAUAGGGACGCCGCGAGGCUGUACAGACCGCUGCGCACGCUUUGUGUCUUAUUGAUAUUCGCCCUCUUCGCUGGUAGCUCUCUUGCCGCUGUCGCCGCCGCCAGCCCCGUCCCAGGAGGUGCACCUGUUGAACCAGAGGGCUUGGAAACGGAUGCUUGGAACAGCAGUGUCGCGGCUGAGGCGUUGGUCGCCCGGGGUAUCCAGCGCCCGUCUACCGCCGCGGACUCUCAGGUCAGAGAGGUCAUUGAGAUCCUGGCCGGCGCCCCGGGCAGCAAGAUCCCCGGCCCGUCCCAGGCUUUGAAGGCCGUUGAGACUCAGCUGCAGAGGGGCCUCCAGGCUCGCGGCAGGAACAAGGGGAAGAUCGAGGUCUUCUUCAUCAUCUAUGGCGGGAGCAACGGCGACGUCCCCCUGCUCUCGUCGGUGCUCCAGGGCAUGCUCGACAGACCGGCCAUCUUCGACGUUAAGCACGCGAUCGUCCUCGGCGACAGCUACCGGGACUUCUUCCCCGAAGGUCUCAAGGCCAAGUUCGCCAAUGACAACCGAGAGUGGGCCUCGAAGACGAACCCGCCCCGGCGCGACCAGGCGGUCGCCAUGUUUAUGCAGAAAAUGGCGUCCAUCCUCCAUGGUUGGUCGCCCGACCUCAUCGUCGCGAGCCACUUCAUCCCCCCCUCCGCUACAACACCGGACCAGCGCCGCCAGAUCCAGCAGCUGACGGCGCCCACCCGGGACCGGAUCCUCGUCGAGCUCCAGGUCUUUUACCUUCCCGGCAUCCGCUCCACCGCCCUCACAAAGAAGGACAUCAAGCCUAACCAUAUCCGCAUCUACGCACAGCAGCCCGAGAUCUGGGACAGCUCAUCCCCCAGCGCCGUCGGGGCGGCCAUGGUCGGCAAGCUACCCCGGCUGUCCGGUCGCUCCAGCACGGCCAGACCGGGCCGCCAGGGAGAGGUGUACUCGUGGAUCGACAAGCAGGGAAAGCGGCCCAUCUUUUACAUGGGCAUGGGUAUGAAGGAACGCCCCUUCGACAAGGACCACGCCUUCCCGGCAUUCUUCGAGGUCGCCAAGCAGGAGCUGGCCGCCCUUACCGACUGGAGCUUCAUCAUCCUGCACAACGUCAAACGAUCCGAGUCCAGCUUCCGGCGCGUCACCCACAACGGACGCGUCUUCCAUCUCUUUGUCGGCGAGACGUCGUGGGCCACGCUAUUCCCGGAAAUGUCCCUGGUACUGACCCACGGCGGCGUCGGCUCCAUGACGGACGCCAUCGCCGCCGGCGUCCCCCAAAUCAUCCUGCCGACGGACUACGCCGCCGACCAGACGUACUUCGCACGUCGGCUCGAGAGGAUGGGCGUCGGCAUCGGCCUGCCGCAGAUCCCCUACGCUGCGCUCUCCAAAACGGACUACGUGUCCGUCAAGGAGAUCCGAGACGCCUUCUCCAAGAUCAGGACCAACAGGAAGCACUACACGGACGGCAUCAGACCAUUCCGGAAGAACCUGGCCGAUACGAAUGCCCUCGACAACACCUUCGAGCUCGUCGAGAGGAUGUGCGCGGGCUUGGUUGCCAGGACCUAG